AUGGUCCGUAACCUGUGUGACCUGUGGGCGCUGCAGCUGGUAUGCGGCCUGCCAUCGCCCGAGGCCGCCUUCCAGCAGGGCGUGAUUCUGCGCCAGCUGGCGGAGCAGACGGAAGCCGACGAGGCAGCGGACCUGCUGCGCCAGUCGCUGGAGUCGUUCUACCUCACCCUGGACCGACUGCGCGACCCAUUGUUCAGCGCGCCGCAGCAGCUCCGAGACGACCUGGCCGUCCAGAUUCGAGAGGUGGAGGCCAUGAGGAUGGAGGAGACUGCCUCCUCAACGCACGUGAAUGGCUUUUCGAGCGUGCAGGCCGGCCAGGAGGGUGGGCUGAUCACGCCGCGCCGGCCUGCGACCGGCGUGGCAAGCGUGGCCACAUCUACCCCGCGGCUCGCCACCGUCAACACCCCGCCGCGGCCGGCCGACCUCUCCUCCAGCUUCGGAAAUGAGUCGCGGCCCUCCCUGGAUCGCGUGUGCGCCGAGCUGAUGAGCCUGAAGACCUCGCAGCAGGCAAUUCUGCGCCUGCUGUCGGAGCGGCGCUCGGAGAGCCAGCCGACCGAGCAAAGCCAGCGGAACGAGCCGCCCGCCCCGCUGCUGGACGAACUGCGUGCCUCGUUGGAAGACGUGCGCAUCGCUGUGGCUGAAGUGCUGCGUGACAGCCGCCAGUCGAUGCAGCAGCUCAGGCCGGCGCCGCCGCUCGUGUCGCCCGAGAUGUACGGCUACAUGGUCGCCCUCGCCAACAUGCGCGGCGUGCCCAUGCUGCCGCUGGGUCCGCCGGGUGCGCUGCCGUAUCCCGCCCACCGCGUACCAGGGCCUGCCGAUCCAGGACCCGCUGCAGCGGCGCCGGCCAACGUCACGGUGUCGAGCCGAGAGGCGCUGCCGGCCCCGGACAGCGCGGUGCCGUCCGUCCCGCCGUCCGUCAUCGUGCCGCCCGAGCACCGUAAGCCGCCAGUGGUGAGCCAGCAGCAGAUCGCCGCCACCAACGGCCAGAAGUCGCCGCACCAGUUCCAGAUUCAGCUGCCCUCGAGCGCCCAGCUGAGCGUGACUUCUCCGCUCGCCGACUCAGACAAGCCGGCAUUCAGCCGGGUCAGCACGCUGCCCAACAUCCCGGCGCCGCAGUACAGCGCCGUGUCGCCGCUGCCCGGCCGGCAGGGUCCCGCCAACCGCUCGCCCGGCAGGGAGCGGCUCGACUCCACCGGCUCUUUCCACGAGGACCCCGAGUACGAGCCGAUGGCCGACUUCAAGCCGAUUGUGCCGCUGCCGGAGGAGGUGGAGGUGCGCACCGGCGAGGAGGGCGACACGCCGCUCUUCGCCGCCCGAUGCAAGCUCUACCGCUUCACCGACGCCGAGUGGAAGGAGCGCGGCGUGGGCGAGCUGCGCGUGCUCUACCGACAGGAUGACGGCCGCGUGCGGCUCGUCAUGCGCCGCGAUCAGACGCACAAGGUGUGCGCCAACCACUUCCUGCAGCCGGGCAUGCAGUUGAACGCAAUGAAGGACCAGCCGCGGGCGGCCACCUGGGCGGCAAAGGACUUCGCUGAUGAAGAGCUGAAGGACGAGCGGCUGUGCGCCCGCUUCAAGACGGAGGAGAUCGCCGACGAGUUCCGAGCCGCCUUCGAGAAGGGCAAGCAGCUCGUCAGCUCCGGCUCCGGCGGGCGCGCGACAUCCACGCUGUCCAGCCGAGCCGCGUCUGCCAAGCCCGCUGCCGCCAAGCCUGCUGAUGCCAAGACGUCGGCGUCGAGCAUCCACACCGCGGCGGCUACGGAGGCGGGGAGCGCCAUACCAACGGUGGUGGCCGCCGCGGGGCGAGGCGCCGAAGACGAGGCCGAGGAUGACGACGACGAGUACGAGACAGAGGAGGAGACCACCACCAGCGAGGACGACGAUGACGAGGAGCCGUCACGGAUCGCCUGCAAGCCCGAAUUCAACUUCGCCUCGUCCGGCGACGGCAGUGGCGCCGCCUUCUCGUUCGGCUUCGGCGCGUCGCCGGCGGCAUCCACGUCCUCCGCCGCCUCCACUGCAGCCUCCACCGCCGCCGGGUUCAAGUUCGGUGACAAGGUGCCGCCAGCCGCCACCGCCGCCACCUUCCAGUUCGGGUUCGGGAAGGCGGUAGCUGCACCUCCCAGCACCACCGCCGGCUUCACGUUCGGCUCGCCGAAGCUGGCGACGGAGGCGGCAACGCCGGACGCCGGCAGCGGCUUCAAGUUCGGCCAGAGCUCAGGCUCCACCGCCAAGACCAGUCUGGGCGGCUUCAGCUUCACGGCCACGCCCAGCGUGAAGGAGCCGGAACCUGAGCCAGAGGCGGCCGCCGCGGCGGCGGCGGCGGCCCCGCCCAAGCCCAGUCCGUUCGCGGGCUUCACCUUCGGCACGCCGGCUUCCGCGGGCGAGGCCAAGCCACUGUUCUCCUCCGACAACGCCGCGUCCUUCGCAACCGUCGCCGCUCAGCCGGGGUCCGGCUUCAAGAAGGAUGACUCAUUUAAAGGGUUCACCGGCUUCGGGGCGCCCGUGUUCGGCGCCAGUCCGUCCGCGGCUGCGGCGGCGACGGCGACGGAUGGCGCGGACACGUCGGUCGAGGAGUACGAGCCGAGCGUGCACUUCGAGCCGGUGGUGCCGCUGCCAGAGCUGGUGGAGACGCGCACCGGCGAGGAGUCCGAGGAGAAACUGUUCGGCUGUCGCGCCAAGCUGUACCGCAUGGACCGCGACCUCAAGGAGUGGAAGGAGCGCGGCGUGGGCGAGAUCAAGAUCCUGAAGAACGCCGACACGGGCAAGUGUCGCGUGCUCAUGCGUCGCGAGCAGGUGCUGAAGCUGUGCGCCAACCACGUCAUCGCGCCGGAGAUGACUCUGAGCCGGCUGUCGAGUUCGGAGACCGCCUGGCUGUGGUCGGCCAACGACUUCUCCGAGGGCGAGGCCAGCCAGGAGAUGCUGGCCGCCAGGUUCAAAACCGUCGAGCAGGCUGACGCCUUCCGAGAGGUGUUCGAGUCGUGCCGGCAAGGCGCGCCCGUCAGCCGCCUCGUGCAGACACCGCAGACGGCGAAGGCCAAGCAGGCGCCAGGCGACCAGACACCGACCCAGGCCACCAAGUCGUCCGACGGCAAGACAUCAUCCCAGCUUUUCAAGCCUGCCGACGCCAAAACACCGGCACAGACUGAGAGACUCGCCAGCGCCAAGACACCGGCGCAGGCCGCCAAGCCCGCUGUCGCUACGCCCUCGGCGAUCGGCACCGCCUCGGGCUCGUCGAAGCCGGCGUCGGCGUCGUUCGUGUUCGGCGCCGACUCGCCGGCGGCCGGGCCGGGCCAGUUCCACUUCAGCGGCGUCAAGCCCAAGUCGCCGACCAAGCCGCGCUCCCGCGACGUCUCGCUCAACGAGUCGGCCGCCGGCGACGACAACGAGUACUACGAGGGCGACGAGGGCGAACACCUGCUAUUUGAGCCGGUCAUCCCGCUGCCGGACAAGGUGGAGGUGAAGACGGGCGAGGAGGACGAAGAGGUGUUGUACUCGCACCGCUGCAAGCUGUACCGGUUCGAAAAGGAGACCGGCGAGUGGAAGGAGCGUGGCCUGGGUGACAUCAAACUGCUGGAGCACAGGCAGACCAAGAAGAUCAGGCUACUGAUGCGGCGCGAGCAGGUGCUCAAGAUAUGCCUGAACCACCGGCUGACGGCGGAGCUGGAGUUCAGCAUGAAGGACGACAAGUCCGUGGUGUGGGCGUGCACCGACUAUGCCGAGGCCGAGCCGCGCGACGAGGUGCUAACUGCCCGCUUCAAGACGCCGCAGGUGGCGGCCGACUUCGUCGCCGCAGUGCAGAAGGCCCAGGCACGGCUGAACGCCUCGCCCUCCAAGCUGGCCUCUCCACCGGUGGCUCAGUCCAGCGUGCCCGCCGCCCCGGCUUCGGAGCCCCCUGGCUCCAGCGGCGCCGGCGGCGGUUCUGGCGGCCCCGGCCAGGCGACCAGCAUCUUCGGCGGCGGCGGCGGCGGUGGCUCGGUGGGCGCCUCGCCCAGCUCCGGCUUCUCGUUCGGCAGCCGGUUCGGCUCGGCGCCGACCCCGGAGAAGGACGGUCCGAGCGCCAGCUUCACCUUCCGCCUGAGCUCGGCCGGCGCUAACACGGCCGCCCCGGCCCAGGACUCGGACCCUGACGAGGUGCAGAUCGUGGGCGAGAUCCAGCCGACGGCCGAGCAGCGGGCGGCGGCGGCGCGGCUCCAGCUGCCCGCCGGCUUCUUCUUGUACGAGCAGCGGCCGCCGUGUCCCGGCUGCCGUGGCUGUCGCGACCAGAUGCCCGGCGAACAGAGCGCUGCCGGCGACACGAGACCUGAUGACGCCGAUCGGUCGGCCGCGAAGACCGCGGCCGGCUCCAGUACCCCGGCCAGCUCCAGCGUCCCAGCAAGCUCCAGCGCCGGCACCAGCUCUCCCUUCCAGUUCAGCUCGUUUGCUUUCGGCAGUGAUCAGACGAAGGCCGGCCAGGCGACGGGCAAGGCCACGUUCGGAUUCGGUUCCUCUUCGGCCGCCUCGUCCCCGUUCAGCUUUUCGACCGGCACCGCCAAAGCCGGCUCUGGCGUCAUUGCAUCGGUUAGCGGUGGCGAAACCAGCUCAAUCUUUGGAGGAUUGAAGAGCGACAAUAAGACCAGCAAUAUUUUUGGCGGAUCGGGGGCCGAAAUUAAGACCAACAUCUUUGGGGGAUCGGGGUCUGCGGCCAAUUCUGUCUCUAUCUUUAGUGGAUCCGGAACCGAAAAUAAGGUAGGAUCCAUCUUCGGAGGAACGGGAGCUGAUAGCAAAGGAAGUCCUUUCGCUGUAGCAACCGGAACAGGCCCCAAGACUGGCUCCAUCUUUGGGACAGCGGGGACGGACAGCAAGACCGGCUCCAUCUUCGGGGCAGCGGGGCUGACACAAGACCGGCUCCAUCUUUGGGGAACGGGGACUGACAGCAAGACCGGCUCCAUCUUUGGGGGAACGGGGACGGACAGCAAAACCGGCUCCAUCUUUGGGGGAACUGGGACGGACAGCAAGACCGGCACCAUCUUUGGGGGGACGGGUACGGACAGCAAGACCGGCUCCAUCUUUGGGACAGCUGGGGCGGACAGCAAAGUCGGCUCCAUCUUCGGAACCGUGGGGACUGAAGGCAAGUCCGGCUCCAUCUUCGGCGGAACGGGCAACGCCACCGGCACUGCAAGCACACCCAGCUCUGUCUUCGGAGGCUUGUCCGCCAGCAAGGUGACAUUCGCCACCGAGGGCUCGAGCGCAUCGGGGCAGGACACGAACGGCGUGCGCGCGGAGCAGCCGGCGGCCGGCGCCGCCGACCAGCCCACGUUCGGCUUCGCCCUUCAGAGCAGCGGGCCGGCGGUCGACUUCGCCUCGUUCGCCCAGAGCGGAGAGACGUUCGCCAAGAAAGCCGACCCGUCGUUCCAGUUCUCCGGCGCCGGCUCGACGCUGUUCGGCGCUCGACCGGCGGCGGCUGCCGACACCGGCUCCGACGACGAGGCCGCCGCAGACGACUCGGCGCACGACCCGCAGUUCGAGCCGGUGGUGCCGCUGCCCGAGCUGGUGGACGUGCGCACGGGCGAGGAGGGCGAGCAGAAGCUGUUCAGCCACCGCGCCAUUCUGUACCGGUUCAACAACGCCACGGCCGAGUGGAAGGAGCGGGGUCGAGGUGACUUCAAGCUGCUCCACAACCCCGACACCGGCUCAUACCGGCUGCUGCUGCGGCGGGAACAGGUGCACAAGCUAGCCUGCAACCACCGCGUGACGACGGAGAUGGCGCUCAGCCGCUUGGGCUCGAGCACCAGCGCCUGGGUGUGGUCGGCCGUCGACUAUGCCGACGAGGAGCCGCGGCCCGAGACGCUAGCCGUCAAAUUCAAGACCGAGGCGCUGGCCGACCAGUUCAAGCAGGCCUUUGAUGCGGUGCUGGAGAAGCUGAAGGACGGUGAGACGGCUGCGACGGCGGCGGCUGAGGAGGAGGAGGAGGAGGAGGAAGAGGACGACGACAGCCCGAUGUUUGAGAAGCGGGCGACACUGCACGUCGUCAGCGGAGCGGACAAGAAGACCCUGGGCACGGGUGACCUGCGCGUGGUGUACGACGACGAGGUGUUCGGCGUCAAGGUGGUGAUGACGGAGGACAAGACGGGCGUGCUGCUCUGUGACAGCUUCAUCACCAUGCAGCACACCUACCAGUUGGAGGACAAGAUGGUGACGUGGACGGCGCGGGACUACGCGCUGGAGCCGGUGGCGCGGCGCACUGUUUGCGCCCAGUUCGCCUCGGCGGCCGCCGCCCGUGACCUCGCCAGGGUCAUGGACGAGGGCGUCGAGAUCGCGACCUCGUCUGACAUUAGCGAGGCGCUGACGCUGGAGGCCGGCGAGCCGCAGGGCAGCGGAGAUGAAGACUAGCCGACCUGUCACCUGGCGACGCCCGCACGCUGUACACGGCCAUGUGAGCAGGUCCGCGCUCGUUUCACCCUCAUGUAAACGUUUUGAAGUGAUUUUAUGACGUCUCGACGUGCCUGUGUUUCGGCUUUGUUCAGUGGUGAAUAAAUACAUGAUAACCGAUUAAA